CAGUUGCCUACCAUGGGGCUCCAAACUUUGUUGAUUCUACACUAUUUUCAAUGAAACUUGAAAUGGUUCAGUGCACUCCUGUUUGUAGUGUGUUCGGGGCGAUGCCCACAUGUAGGCUCACAUGUAGGCCUACAGUACAUGCAAUAAAAGUUCGUGAGGAAAAACUUCACCGCCGCGUUGGAUAGGCCAUACAUACCGGCAUAAGGAAAAAUGGCGUUCCAAGGUGGUAUAGUGGUGUUGGUUGGACUGUGUUUGUUGUAUCUGACUGGGCCCGGAGGGCAAGCCGACUUACAAGACCAGCAGCAUGGCGGCCUACACAGACUACUCACUGAGCUGCUGAGCCAUUACGAGUCGCUGAUCAUUCCACGGACGCCCGUGAACGUCACUUAUGGCAUAGACCUCAUCAGCGUGGACGGUGUGGACGAGAAGGAAGGUAUCUUGCGGAUUUCCACUAUUACACGCAUAAUGUGGUUUGAUCAUCGUUUCCAGUGGAAUCCAUCCGAGUACUAUGGAAUCAAGGUGGUCAAUCUACCAGCAAGCCAAGUCUGGCACCCGGACCUCAGACCUCAUGCUCAAAUUUUGGAGGAGGAAGAAGUUAAUUUACUCGUGUAUUACGACGGGACCAUCUAUCACUAUCCUCCAAUACGACUGGCUGUCCCUUGCGAAAUGCACUUCGCGUACUACCCGUUCGACACCCAAGCAUGUUCACUGAAGGUGGAGUCCUGGAGUUACGACUCUGCCAUGAUCAAUUUUACCAUGGAUUAUUCUGGGACGGCUAGGUUGCUCGACUAUCGACCAAACCAACAGUGGAAACUUUUGUCCUUCACGGCGGACAGGAAUGAGCUGAGGUAUGUGUGCUGCGAAGAGACGUUCGCUAGCCUAACGUUCAACAUCAUGCUGCAGCGGCAAGUCCGGGAGUACACAAUUCGCGUACUGGCGCCCUCUGUUGUCACCUCUCUCCUCAUCCUGCUGUGUUUCCUCAUCCCUCCUCACUGUGGCGAGAGAAUCCUCUUUGUCUCCAUCUUGCUCCUCUGCAUUCUCCUCCAGCUCGUUCACCUCAACCUCACCGUACCCAUCCGUGGCCCAGAUGCACCCUAUCUUGCCGACUUCCUCUGCUUUAGCGUUUUCUUGGCCUUCUUCGCAGUCGUCGAGAGUGUGUUGUCUUUGAAUCUGUCUCGAGGUGUGAGGGGGAGUAGUAGCAAUAAUUCUCGUGGAGAUGGAGAGGAGUUUGGAAUGCAAACCAAGACCAAUACCGGAAUGACGCGAAUCGCUCGCUUCAUCGAUGUUGGCUGCUUCAUGGUCUUCACCUUCAUCUUUGCAGUCGCUGGGGGCGUCAUCCUCAAUCCAUAGUAGGCUUUUCUUGGGCCACGUCACAGGCGGAGGUUCUGUCCACCAGUGGUUGACAAAUACUUUGUACGUGCACGGGUUUCCAAUACCACAUCAUCAGACCAUGUUUGGGAGCAAUGCGAAUGUCCCUCUCCUUCGUUUAGGGUCAUUAUCAGCUUGCAAUGGCUAGUCAGUCACAAAGAUUAUUGUUGUUUAAGGGAUCAGCUAUUAUGUUCAAAGUGUAUACACAUACGUCACCUGACGGUCACACACACCAAUAUAUGUGCGUGUACAUGGCAUAAUGGAUUAAUGUUCGCCCCUGGUACAAAGUCAAAGUCAGCUUUUGCUAUGAGCCCUGCGCUAGACCAAGACAGAGCGCAAUUUUCCUAGCAACGUAAGCUCCUGUGGUAGGAACUGCACUUCGCCGGUUCACACACAACUAUCAAAUUCAUGCCUUGUGGUUGUUGCCAACAAAAAAAUGAGUACUCCCGACCAACAUGCAUGGCUCUUUUCAGCCGAUGACUCCGGAGGGGUGCUUGUGCUCGAGGCGGAUAAUCAUCUCGGGAAUUUUAACCUUACGCUGAAUGAAUUUAUCUCUAAAGGCAGGGAUAUAGCCAGUAGAAACCAGAUGAUGCAAGACUACACACAUGGUUGUGUUAAGAUGGUUCUCUAGUGCACAUGGAUCUGAAGACUGUUGAUUUGUAAUACGCCUGAAGUUAGGUUCCUUUGUUUAGUAAGAUAUUAGAUAAAUUCAGAGUGGCGUUUCACUAUGAGUGGUCAUUCAAUCAUGGCUUAUUCUCUUAAGAAGAUAGAAUAUCAAAACAAGCUUUGGAUUGACGUUCUGAAUGCCUGAAGUGUCUUUGUUCAGUGCAUGUUCUGUGACUCAGCUAUGGAAUCACAAUCGGCAAAUUGAAAGUGCUUUUAUCGCUUUAAUUUUUCAGACACUUUUGAUUGGCAAAUAAGUUCUGUACUCGUAUGUAUCAUAUCACAUUCUUCCGUGAAAAAAGGUUGCAUCUAGGCAUAUAAUGGUAAAUUAAGUAAUAUUUCACUUACCAGAUGUUCUACCUUGUGCUCCUUGUGAUGCAAAAUUAUGAUGGUUUCCCAUAAAAUUUCAGGUAAAGGGAUCUUGUUCUCUCUCUGUGAAAUAAAGACGAUUUGCACGUUUAGUGUAAUUAGUGAAUGGAUUAAAAAUACCUCGAACGAUAUACAUUUGGAUAAACUAUUCUUUUCGGCAUAUUGAACAAAAUCUGAAGUGUGCUCACAUUAAUCCUUGUGCUUUGCCAAUAUACUACAAUAAGAUGAGCAUGGAUGAGGGUAAGCAGUCCUUUGUAUUGUUUCAAAAUUAUUUAAUACAAACUACGUAGUAAACUAGUAAAUUGUUAAAAUAGUAAACUUAACUUGAAUACGUUGUAAACUAGAAACUUUACUAAAUUCAGUGUCAAGUGGGGCUUUCUAUCACCUUUAGGUAUAGGGCUCCUGUUUUAGUUAUUACUGUAAAAUACAACAGACUUUUGACUUACAUUGACAAACAUUUUUACUUAUUAUAGCGAAUAAAAAUCGACCCCAGAGGUGAA